UCGUCAGAGUCCAAGCGCAACAACACCUUCGCCGCCGGCACCGUUCCCGCUUGGAUCGCUGAAGAUUCCCACCACAUCUAUCGACCAUCAUCCAGUCUCCAGCCACGAGGUGUGUGGCCGUCGGCGUCCAUCCGCCGCGAGCUCAUCUUGAGGAAGCGAGAUCGGAGUCGAUCUGCACGCAGCGAAAGGCCUCGAGAGUUUAUUUCCAGGGCCAGGAGAAGAUGACGACCUCGAUUGGAAAUGCAGCAUUUCUCCUGCUGUUGUUGACUGCUUGCUGCGCCACCACCCUUGCCUGCGACCCUAAUGGCGCGAAGUUCGGGUACACCGGCUCGGUUGGUCCUGACCACUGGGGCACCCUGAGCCCCAACUUCACGCAAUGCGCGAGAGGGACGAACCAGUCCCCGGUCGACAUCUGGACGCCAGGAGCAGUUUACAACCCGGCGCUGCAGCCGCUCCACAGGGACUACACCGUCGCGAACGGCACCCUCGUCGACAACAUCUUCAACGUCGGGCUGCGCUUCGACGGCGGCGCUGGGAGCGUGACCGUCGACGGUAAGCAGUACAGGCUGAAGCAGAUGCACUGGCACUCGCCUUCCGAGCACACCAUCAACGGGCAGAGGUUCCCCGUGGAGCUCCACAUGGUCCACGCCAGCGACGACGGCAACGUCACCGUCGUCGCGAUGCUCUACCGGUUCGGCAGGCCAGACCCAUUCCUUUGGCAGAUACAGGACAAGCUGGCCGCGCUGUACGCCGAGGGCUGCGACGCGGAGAAGGGCGCCCCGGUGGCCGCCGGCGUCGUGAGCCUGUGGCCGCUGCGGCUGCACUCCCACGCGUACUACAGGUACGUCGGGUCCUUCACCACGCCGCCGUGCACCGAGAACGUCGUCUGGAGCAUCCUCACCCAGGUGAGGGAGAUGACGGUCGAUCAGGCCGCCGCCCUGAUGGCGCCCCUGGAGCAGGAGUACAGGCAUAACAACAGGCCGACGCAGCCGAUGAACGGCCGCGUCGUCCAGGUCUAUCGCUUCAUGCCGUAGCUGUACCCCGUAUGCGGCCUGAUCGCCGGGGACGAUAGUUCCGGCUUGGGUUCCCUGUCAGUUGUUUCUCUGUCAAAGUCGUUUGUGUUCUGCACUUGUGUUAGGCUCAGUACGUAGUUUGGUCUCCUGUUUGCCGCCGGCCAUGUCCAUGGUCGGGUUUGGGAAGACUGACGUUGGUUAGUAGUAGGUUACUAGUAGAUGUAUGUAAGAGCUUUGGUUUCUGCACAACCUGGUGUUGAUCCUCUUUAUCUGUAUGAUGGGAUGCGAAUCAAUCGAAAAGUUUCAGUGCAACGUUGUAUGCCA